GGAAAUCCUAAAUAAGUGGAAAAUUACUUGGGAUCAGGGCCUGCUUGGGAUGCAGACGUUUGUUUCCCGGGUCCACUUCACUUUGUCGUCCUUACCCAGCUUUUCUUCUGCAAACGAGUGUCUGUCGUCGUGCGGCUGGUCACAUCAGGGAGAGACGAACAGUGCUUGUCUUCGGUUUCGGUUUCGGGAAACCGAAUGCAAAAUACAUAAUCAGACGCGUUUGACUGGAAUGGAGUGUUGGGCUUGGCUUCAUAACCAGAGUCACCUCCAUAAAACCAAGCUCAGCGCCUCAGCACAGUGACAGCAACCAUUUCUCCGGCAAAUUAACACUACAACACACAGAAGAUGAGCUCCGUAGCCGCCGACCUCAACCUCGCUGCCUUGAUCUCCGGCGCAUGCCGCAAUGCGGAGAAUCUGCCGGGUGCACUGAUCGCAUGCGGCGUCGUGGAAGCCGCCGCAGCGCUCUGCCUCAUCAUCUUCAAGGAGCCCGGAGGUAUGUUCCUGCACCAUGGCAAAGCGCCCUUCUUCUUGUAUUACGGCAUCCUCGCGGCCGUGGUCGUCUUUGGGCUCUUUGAGGCGUCGGCCGGCUUCUGGGUGUCAGGCAACGUGACGGGACGACUUGCCUUAGGGAGGACGGUGCUCUGGGUCUCAAUUCUGCCCCUCGUCAUGGUGUCUGCGCUUGGAGGCUUUGCCAUGCUGAACCUGAAAUAGUUGUCCCCGUCCCGUGCAUGGUUGGAGACGUAUUUCUCGUUCCUUUGCUAUCAGAUACUACUACGGAGAUCUACUUCUUUUAUUUAGGUGUGUGUGCCUGUGUGAGUGAGUUGAGCUUGAGGUUUGUAAUCUGUUCUGUAUGUCUGUGACUGCAGAGUAAAAUUUGCUUCCAUUUUUAAUAUGUCGGUAACCGACGUUUGAAUCC